UUUAGUUUAUUCCCGUCGCCAGGAGACGGUAGGCCGGAAACGGAAAUGCCUUUCGAGACAACUUCCGGAAGAGGCCGCCAUGGCUGCCAGGGAGGAGGUGCUCGCCUUGCAGGCUGAAGUUGCCCAGCGUGAGGCGGAGCUGAGUUCCCUGAAGCAGAGGCUGGCGGCGGCUCUCCUGGCGGAGCAGGAGCCAGAGCGGCUGGUCCCGGUGCCGCCCCUGCCGCCGAAGGCGGCCCUGUCCCGAGAUGAGAUUCUGCGCUACAGCCGGCAGCUGGUGCUGCCUGAGCUGGGCGUGCGCGGACAGUUGCGCCUGGCGACCGCGUCCGUGCUGGUCGUGGGCUGCGGUGGGCUCGGCUGCCCACUGGCGCAGUACCUGGCGUCGGCCGGCGUAGGCCGCCUUGGCCUUGUGGACUACGACGUAGUAGAAAUGAGCAACCUGCCCCGCCAGGUGCUGCAUGGCGAGGCGUUGGCCGGCCAGGCCAAGGUCCUUUCGGCCGCCGCCUCGCUGCGCCGCCUCAAUUCGGCCGUGGAGUGCGUGCCCUACGCGCAGGCGCUCACGCCAGCCACGGCGCUCGACCUGGUCCGCCGCUAUGACGUGGUGGCUGACUGCUCCGACAACGUACCCACCCGCUACCUGGUUAACGACGCCUGUGUGCUCGCCGGCCGGCCGCUCGUGUCGGCCAGCGCCCUGCGCUUCGAGGGCCAGAUCACAGUCUACCACUAUGACGGCGGGCCUUGCUACCGCUGCGUGUUUCCCCAGCCACCUCCAGCGGAGACCGUGACCAACUGCGCGGACGGCGGGGUGCUCGGUGUCGUAACUGGGGUCCUGGGCUGCCUGCAGGCGCUGGAAGCGUUGAAGAUCGCUGCGGGUCUGGGCCCCUCCUACAGCGGCAGCCUGUUGCUCUUUGAUGCCCUCAGGGGACAUUUCCGCUGUAUUAAGCUGCGGAGCCGCAGGCCCGACUGUGCAGCUUGCGGGGAGCGGCCCACUGUGACUGACCUGCAGGACUACGAAGCCUUCUGUGGCUCCUCAGCCACCGAUAAGUGCCGCUCCCUGCAGUUGCUGAGCCCAGAGGAGCGAGUUUCUGUCGCCGACUAUAAGCGACUUCUGGAUUCGGGGUCACCCCACCUAUUGCUGGACGUCAGGCCUCAAGUGGAGGUGGACAUCUGUCGUUUGCCUCAUGCCCUACACAUUCCUCUGAAACAUUUGCAACGAAGGGAUGCGGAGAGCCUGAAACUCUUAGGAGAAGCAAUGCGCAAAGGGAAGCAGGGCGCACAGGAGGGCGCGGCUCUCCCCAUUUAUGUGAUUUGCAAACUGGGCAACGACUCCCAGGAAGCCGUGAAGAUCCUGCAGUCCUUGACAGCAGCCGGAGAGUUAGACUCUCUAACAGUUCAGGAUGUAGUGGGGGGUCUCAUGGCCUGGGCUGCCAAAAUCGAUGGAACAUUUCCACAGUACUGAGGUGGCUGGUAUAGUCUGACCUGAGAAAGAUGUGGAUUGCCAUAUUACCCUAAAGAUAUAUGUAUUUGUGUUUUUUUUCAGUAAUGUACGGAAGAGCCUGGAAUUCAACAACAUCUGGGAACACAGACCCCUUCUUAUAAGGGGCUUUUUAAUAGUAACUCACUGGAUGACGUAGUUAUUAAUGGGUUUUAAUACUGAGAACUGCCUGUGUUUUCAGCACCCGGAGGGUGUCUUGAGCAUGUGAUAUAAUGUAAGUGACAAGAUUUUGUGUUUUAAACUGUAGAUCAUUUGCCUGUCCUGCCUUUUUUCCAACUCCCACAAUCAAAAAGCUCUGUAAAUUGUCCAUUCAAUGCCUGGAAUUAAGGUGUAGUAAACUUGGUCUUACCAAAUUGAUUACAGAUGAUAUAGUUAAGGUCAGGUUAUUGUUUACUAAGACAUUCUUUGGGUCAGAUUUCUACUUCAAAUGAUGGACUAUAUCCUACAGAAAUAAGUGUUUAAAAUGUAAAUUGUUUUAAUUAUCUGGGAAGUCAUUAAAUAUUUUGAGUUAAUAUCAAAGUGAAAUAUUUACAGGUUAGCAAAAUAAAGGAAACCACCUUUGUAGUCUGUUUCUCUUAUAAAUUGCUGAUUUUUUUUAAGUUAGCUUCAGGAUCCACCUUAUGAUGUACACAAACAUUUUCUAAACUGUAUUCCAUGGAUUGGCUUGCUUUGGAAUCUUCAAGUCCCAGCCUUCUGCCCUCCCCCUGCCCUUUUUUUCCUAUCCAAUCUGUUACUUUUAUUUUUGGCUUUACUGUAUGGCCAGGACCCCAAAUAUGAUAUUGAAUUAAAGUGGAAUAGUGAACAUUCUUAGCUCUGUCUCAGUCUCAGGUGAAAAACUUUUGACUAUUUGACCAAUAUUGCAUGUUAUUGCUUUACUGUCAAUAAAUACCAUUUAUCAGAUUAAAGAAAUUUUUUUCUGUUUAUA